CACAGACACUGACCGACACGCGUACAGGUGCUGCUUUCCGGAUCUGAUGAGAGCAUAGAGCAGAAAUGGGCUCGUUUGGAGGGAUGAUUUGGAUUUUACACUCGGUGGCACUUUAUGUCCAGAUCAGGGUGAAUCUGGCAGUGAAUAAUCACGUAUCUGGAAACGCUCUGUUCACGGAGGUUCCCGCUGAUGUGUUUUCUCGAGCUGGUGAAGAUGUGGAGAUGAGCUGCUCCUUCAGAGGAUCCAGUUCCUCUUCUGUAUCGCUGGAGAUCCAGUGGUGGUACAGCAGACAGUGGGCAGAGCCAUCAUCGUGGGCAACCAAUCAGGUGGUUUCACAGGAAAACGCAUCUAAUGGGGCGACUAAAAUCAGUGUGGUGAAGGUGGUUGGAAGCAACAUCUCACACAAGCUUCGUCUUUCUAAUGUCAAGCCGUCAGACGAGGGCACAUAUGAGUGUCGCGUCAUUGACUUCAGUGAGAGUCGAGUGCAGCAGCACAGAGUCCAGGCGUACCUGCAGAUCCAGCGGACAGAAGAGGAGACUUCAGGAAACCAGCAGAAGAAAGAGGAGCAGAUCCUUCAUCAUCAGAUGUAUGAGGAGAACAAAACCAGAACACAAUAAUUAGAUGUGAAUUAUGCACAAAACUGAAAUAUCGCAUAAAAACAUUUGCGGAGAAAGCAGCGUUUCCAUGCAAUGAGAAACAAAAGAGAACAAAAUCUUCACUUCCUGAUGAACUGGCGGCAAAUAUCAGACAGAAAAAUUUAGUUUUGUGCGGUAGAAGAAGCCACUGUGGGAUAGGGUUGGGUCGAUAGAUGGUGCCACAUAAACAUCAAGAUGCUAAGCCAGCAUCACGAUCCUCCACCCUGCCCCCAUCGCGGUAGCAGCCCGCUCGCGAAAAACACACACUUGGCCCAGUGACCCCUAAUACGUCUUAGUUUUAAAAUGGCAUUUUAGAACAAAAACGAUCCACGUCCACUAGCGAUUCAUCUAGCAUUUCUGAAGAGAUUGCCAUCCACACUAUACCACUGAAAACGCACAUCACGUGACCACAGACAGACACACACACACUGAGUCAUGUGCUCUAGCAUAUGCACGUUUCUGAGGUCCAGGCAGUCAGCGGGUACUUUGAGCACAAAACCCCAGAGAGCAGUGCACGUCGGACAGUUUAUCAAGGGUGUCUCACUAAAGUUGUUAAAUGUGGUAUUUAAUUAAUCUUUUCUCUAUCGAACGACUCUUUGGUCUUUUGAAUCUAUCAGGUAACGUGUCACAGCGUCAGUACACUGCUUCGGUCUUUCACUUUCACGCUUGUACUUGGUAAUUUUUGCAAAAACCUCAGAGACUGUUGGUUGGUUCCUGUUGGUUGUGCACCUUUUUUACCAACCAAGUUUGUCGACGCCAUUAUAACCACACAGAUCAUUCAACAGCCCUGUAAUAUAUAUUUCAUAUGCAUAGUUUUAGGUGGUGAAGGUGGUUGGAAGCAACAUCUCACACAAGCUUCGUCUUUCUAAUGUCAAGCCGUCAGACGAGGGCACAUAUGAGUGUCGCGUCAUUGACUUCAGUGAGAGUCGAGUGCAGCAUAGACAUCAUGAUGCUAAGCCAGCAUCACGAUCCUCCGCCCCGCUCCCAUCGCGGUAGCAGCCCGCUCGCGAAAAACACACACUUGGCCCAGUGACCCCUACUACGUCUUCAUUUUAAAAUGGCAUUUUAGAACAAAAACGAUCCACGUCCACACUGGCGAUUCAUCUAGCAUUUCUGAAGAGAUUGCCAUCCACACUUUUCCGCUGAAAACGCACAUCACGUGACCACAGACACACAUACACAUUGAGUCAUGCGCUCUAGCAUAUGCACGUUUCUGAGGUCCAGGCAGUCAGCGGGUACUUUGAGCACAAAACCCCAGAGAGCAGUGCACGUCGGACAGUUUAUCAAGGAUGCACCGCUGGAUUGCGUCUCACUAUAGUUGUUAAACGUGAUUAAUUUUGUCUCUUUCUAACGACCCUUCGGUCUUUUGAAUCUAUCAGGUAACGUGUCACAGCAUCACUGCUUCAGUCUUUCACUUUCACGCUUGUACUUAGUCAUUUUAGUGUAAACCUCAGAUACUUUUGGUUGGUUCCUGUUGGUUGGGCACCUUUUUUACCAACCAAGUUUGUCGACGCCAUUAUACCGACACAGAUCACUCUGCCUAUUCAUGCCAGAGUCCUGUGGAAAAAGUGAUUGACAGGUGGUCAGUUGUGUGUAAUUUCGUUUUAUUUAUUUAUGAUUUGGUCAUUGGUAAAAUAAAGACCAUACAGGUCAGGUAGUUGAAACAGUAGGCUACUAAUAAUUAAUUUGUUAUGAAUUAAUUAUUCAUAAAUAAUUAAUUUACCGCCGCCUAAAGUGACAAUGCCAUUGUCCAUUGCGAUGUUUCACAUUAGACAUUGUACAAUGCCUAAUUGGUCGACAUUGCCCAACCCUACUGUGGGCUACUUUUCUUCUGUAAAAAAUUACUUACGAAGAAGAUGAUAACGAAAUGAUCCAGCAGUCUGCAGAUUCAAAAGAAAUAUUCUUCAUCUUUAUAACAAUAAUCUGAACUGAAACAUGAAGAGGGUGUGGCAUAGAGUAGCUCCUCCCCUUUAAAAAAAUCAGCCAAUAGUGUUUGGUUUUAUCACAGCUCUGCCAGUGAGAGUGGUUGAGCUCAAGCGCAUCAAAUAAAAAGCAAGCGAGAAGAAGGGGGCGGGA